UUACAUUUCUUUCAACUCCUUAACCUACUUACUAACUUUAAUGUAAUAAAAAAUGUUGAAAUAACAAUAUUCGAGAGUUUUUCCACAGCUUGCAAUAUAAACAGACUGCGCGUGGUCUCGAGAAGUUACGCUUCGUUCCAUAUAGGUUAACUUCUUACCAAGAACAAAACAGAUCAAAUGGCUAGUCUUAUCUCGUUUCAUGAUGUAGCUAAACAUAAGUGCAAGAAUGAUUGUUGGAUUCUCAUCCAUGGAAAGGUCUAUGACAUCAGCAGUUUCAUAGACGAACAUCCUGGCGGUGACAAUGUUCUCCUCGCAGUCACCGGAAAGGAUGCGUCGACUGAUUUCGACGAUGUGAAUCAUAGCAAUGAAGCUAAAGAAACAAUGAAGAAAUAUUGUAUCGGUGACGUUGACCAGUCAACAGUUCCGGUGACGGCGAAGUAUAUUCCGCCGUGGGAGAAAGAAUCUUCGGCCGAAACCACCAAAGAAGAAACUGGAAACAAGAUGCUUGUGUACUUGAUUCCUCUCUUGAUUCUCGGCGUUGCUUUCGUUCUCAGAUUCUACAACAACAACAAGCAGACAAGUUAAAAGAUUUAUGAUGGAUAGAAACAUCCAUCACUGAGUUUCAUUACGUCAUAUUUUUUGUAAUAUUAUCUAGGUUUUGUGUGUGUUGUAAUAAUGGGUUUCUUAUGCAAAGAGUUGGGCCAUGUAUGGGAAUUCAAAGUAUUGUUUCUUUAUGAUACUCGGCCAUACCAAACAGGGCCGUUUGAUGUAUUGAAAAAAGCUACGACAAAACAAUUCUAUUAAUUUGAAGUUUUUUAUUCAACCUAAAAGAUGAAUGGGGAUUGGGGGAUACAAACUCACAUACACUAUUAGUUCGUUAAAUUGUAUACAAACAUAUGCAUAGAAAAAGAAAGAAGGAAAAAGCUAGACAGAUAUAUAUGCAACAUUUCAAAGGAGGAAAAAUAUGCGUGCUAUAUAUAAGAAAAUGAGCUUAUUGACUAUGUUUAGCAAAGAAAUGAAAA